AUUAUGUUAUAAGUACUCAUUCCACACACACAUCAAAUUAACUAAAAAACACAAUACACAAUACAAAUAAAUUUUUAAAAAAUAUAAAACCAAAAAAAUGACGUCAAUUGUUCCGAGUCCUAUACCGGCGGCAGGAAUUGAAGAUGCCAUACCAAUAUGGAUGAAAAUUGAUUGGAGUCCUGAAAUAGAGCAUGACAUCUACAAGGACUGGGGCUCGUACUACUCUCGCCGCCGAAGGGAGAACAUGGCCAUGUACUAUUACAACAAGGCACUCUCCAUGCUGCCAGAGGAUUACGGGACUCUUUACCACCGGAGCCAAACCAAACGGAAGAAUGCCCAAACUGAAGGUGCUCUAAAGGACUGUGCAGAAGCAAAAAGAAUUUUGGAGCGACUCAAUAUACAAAACGCUCCAAUUAAUUUGGAAAUUUGUGAUGCCCUCUAUGAACUAAAUCAGUUUGAAAAUGCCAAGGCGGAAUUACACGAUAAUACCCGGCUAUUCAAAGGAAACAAAAUUAAAGCAUUUGAGCAACGCCUUAUUGUGGUUGACGAAAAUAUAAGAGACUGUUGUGGAGUGGAGCUAACACACUUUAUAUCUGCGAAUGAAAAACUGUUGAUCCAAGUGAAGGAAAGCGACCUGAAGUCUCAAAAUCAAGUGCAGAACAAGCCACUGUGGAAAUUAUUAAAGGAACAAAACAAAUGCGAUGUGUUAAGUAUCCUUGAAAUCGAAGACGAAUUACUUUCCCCACUGGAAAUCGCAAGACGAAGUCGGGCAUUUAAUGUGUUUAAUCAAAUUUACAUGGACAAGUCAUGGAUUGACGUGGUUUUUUUGAAAAAAUUGCUGAGGAACCCGACUUUGCUUCUUGAACAGUGCCAAAACUCGAAAUAUUUUUUGGGAGCUCUAAAUAAAAAGAAAUACGAGGAACUAAAAUUGUUUUUGAAAAUGCUUCAUGCACGUGCUCCCAUGUACUAUCUUCGAUACAACAAAUUCACGAACCAGAAUCUGAUGGACAAAUUUCGGGAGGACUAUCUUUUCCGUAUGCAGUACCAAACAGGUCGUAAUAUGCGUUCGGUGUUAAGGAGUAUUCGAUAUCUCCGUGCCGUCGGUAACGUAGCGAAACUCUCAAAGUACGUGGAGGAAGUUAUGGGAGACUACGUUGUGUUAAAAACUAAUCGGAUUAUGCCUUGGAAGUUUGAAUUUAUGAACGAAGUGUACAACACAUUGGCGCUAGCAUUUGCUGAACAGUGUAUAGUCCCUCCCGGCAGGAGUCUGUAUGCCGACAAGAAUGGUCUUUUAAAAUUACUUCGCCUUCCCACCGAAAAGUCGUGGGAUGUUCAAAAUUUCGUGUUUGGAGACCGCUCCACUCAUCAGGAGUCAAAUUUGUCAGAUCUGUCUAUGUCAAAAUCGAGACAAUUGAUAUCUCGGUUGGAAAAACGAAUGCUGUUUGCCAAAUACUCGGUCGAGAAAUGCUAUCUAUUUCAUCAAAUUGGUUACACUCAUCUGAAAUCAAAUCGCUUUGACGAAUGCUGCUUUGCAGCUAGAAAGGGAUUGAAAGAAACUAAGAACUGUAAUAACUUGCUAUGGAAGUUUCUGUGCACUCUUCUCAUUAUUAAGUCCAAUGCAGCCCUUCACAAGGUUGAACGGACCAAGGAAGCACUGAUAAGGGCUCAAAAAAUGCUGGACGAUCUUGAUUCUCCUCAGAUUUCUCGUUUUGUGGAAGUUUGUAUAAUCUGCAACGAAUUGAUAAUAGAUAUAAAGAAGAAAAGGGGAAGUGUUGGAAGCCGGCGUGCAACCCCUGCUACUAGUCGCAGCAACAUGUCGAUAUUACCUGCAAAAAGUUCAAUCCACCUGCGACACACAUAAAUUUACUUACUUUAUAUAAUACAUAUCUAAAAUUUGAUUUCCGACCGCUGACAUAUUAAAAUCCGAAGUGCAAAUUAAA